AUGGAUAAUUCUUGCCAUCGACGAGAGCGCACCAUAUACGUCUCUAUGUUACCUGAGAAUGUUACAGACGACGAUUUAUACCGUCUGUUCCUUGAAGCUGGGCCCAUUGAGAAAGUGAUUUUCAAACAGAAUCUAGAUGGAACUCCACAGCACGCUUUGAUUGUGUUCCGAAGAGUCGAAUCUGUAAAAUAUGCUUCUCUGAACUUGAUCAAAUGUAUUUCGGAGGAACAACCUCUUCAUAUCAGACCUCUCAAAGAAUCUUCACAUCAUCUUUUACCUUUCGACAACUUCCGAAAGCCUAGUCGGGAUUCUUUCAGUUCUUUCCCAGAGUCUCCACCGAUAGAUGACGAUUUCAGAGGAUACCGACUAUGGCACCAGCAAUCACAAAGUGAACUGAAACCCAUAAAUCACUGGAAUAACAACUCUCACAAUGUUAACCCUGAUAACGCCAAACAUCGCCCUAGACCUUUUAAUUUAUCACAAUCUCAUCAAUCUAAUAAAGAUUUUUGGAAGAACGAGAGAAAUGGUUCUUAUAGAGCUCCUCCGUUCUCAGCUGGCUUGAUAGGCCUUGGUUCUGCUCGUUCGGCAUUCCCAUUGUUUUACGAUGAUUCUUUGCAAGGGACAACCUUUAACAAAAAGCAUAUGAAUGGAGACAAGUUAUCAGAGAGAUUGAACGAGCACUGCAGGACAGACAGCCCAGUGUUAUCACCCUCUUUCUCAUUCUCGGACGUGGACAGAUUUUACUCUUUUGCUGAGCAACUUCACGCGAAACGAGAAUCAACCAACACUAAAGCCUACACAAAUUGGUCAAAUUACCAAGGUACUCCUUAUGAUAGCAUUGACAACUCCGAUUGGGCAUUAGAAAACCGAGCAACUCCUUAUCUAUUCCAAUUCCCACUCUAA